UUGUAUUAUGCCUUUGUUACGUUCAACUAUCGUUUUUCUUGAGGUGCAAAAUCUUUUAAAUGUUAUGGACCUGUUUGUGUGUCUUCUUGCAGAGGGUGAGUAAAUGUUAUGGACCUGUUUGUGUGUCUUCUUGCAGAGGGUGAGUAAAUGUUAUGGACCUGUUUGUGUGUCUUCUUGCAGAGGGUGAGUGAGAAGGUUGGGGGAGCAGAGGGGACUAAACAUGAUGAUGACUUCACUGAAAUGGAAAAGGCAAGAAUCCUCUCUUUCUCUUUCUGUCUCUCUAAGAAUCCUCUCUUUCUCUUUCUGUCUCUCUAAGAAUCCUCUCUUUCUUUUCUGUCUCUGUAAGAAUCCUCUAUUUUUGUUUCUGUCUCUGUAAGAAUCCUCUCUUUCUCUUUCUGUCUCUAAGAAUCCUCUCUUUCUCUUUCUGUCUCUGUAAGAAUCCUCUCCUUCUCUUUCUAUCUCUGUAAGAAUCCUCUCUUUCUCUUUCUGUCUCUCUAAGAAUCCUCUCUUUCUUCUUCAAUAUUACAAACAAUGUUGUGAUGAAUGAGCCCAUUCUCCCAAGCCUUGUUCAGUUGUGUUAGAAACUAUAUCCUCACCGCUCCAUUCUCUAUUCACUCCAAGGGGUUAUCCCCCUAGUUCUAUUGUAUGACAUUGUGCUGUGCAUUUUCUAUAAUAGAGAGAAGUGUUUCUCAAUUUAAAUGCCUUAGAAAAACUCCUAAGAAAUUGCUUCUAGAAAGAGGGGAAUUUAAGUGUGCGUUGAGACCAUGUCAUAGCCAUCCAUCCAUAAUUCUGUAGUGUAGGGUCUUAUUCUAGACAGCUGGGGAGGCUGAGUAGUGUAUAGCAGAGUCAUCUAUUUAAAUAUAUGGCUCUGGUGUAUAGGACUGUGACGUCUGUGUUGAAGAAGGCAGAGAGCUGGCAUAUCUGACCAGCAUCAAGUGGGAAUACAAAAGCAAUCUUCACCAGCUGUCAGCUUUGCAUGGUGUCUCUCCCUCCACCACCACACUACAGAGUAAAGCCCCUCCAUGUUCUAUCCAGGCAUGUUGUCUCUCCCUCCACCACCACACUACAGAGUAAAGCCCCUCCAUGUUCUAUCCAGGCAUGUUGUCUCUCCCUCCACCACCACACUACAGAGUAAAGCCCCUCCAUGUUCUAUCCAGGCAUGUUGUCUCUCCCUCCACCACCACACUACAGAGUAAAGCCCCUCCAUGUUCUAUCCAGGCAUGUUGUCUCUCCCUCCACCACCACACUACAGAGUAAAGCCCCUCCAUGUUCUAUCCAGGCAUGUUGUCUCUCCCUCCACCACCACACUACAGAGUAAAUCCCCUCCAUGUUCUAUCCAGGCAUGGUGUCUCUCCCUCCACCACCACACUACAGAGUAAAUCCCCUCCAUGUUCUAUCCAGGCAUGGUGUCUCUCCCUCCACCACCACACUACAGAGUAAAGCCCCUCCAUGUUCUAUCCAGGCAUGUUGUACAACAUGACAGCCUCAAAGGAACCAAUGCCCUCCUCCUCCUCCAGUGUUUUCUCUCAUUCUCUCCAUCUUUUCCCUAACUCGAUAAACCUCCUCUACCACACGUCCCUCUCUCCCUCCCACACUCUCCCCUCCUUCUAUCCAGCUAUCGUGUGUUCUCACAGAAGGUGGACACCCCCAGUCAUCCAGGGCGUGUUGGACAUUCUACCAAGCCCACUAGAGUAAUCAGCCCAACCAGGUGAGAGUACAUACCCAUGUCUGGUCUCAGAUGGCACCCUACCCCUAUGAGUGCACCUCUUUUGACCAGAGCCCUAUGGAACCUGGUCCAAAGUCAGGCCACUAUAUAGGUAAAGCGGUGCCAUUUGGACACCAGACCAUCAUUUCCUAGCGACCACAUCCACCCAACCAAAAACAUUACCAUUUUAGUAACAUUUUACUCAUCCACAACAGUGUUUUGUCACCCUUUUAUAGAUGUUUGUUUAAUUAAUCAUUAUACACAUGAAACUACAUUCUAAUCAAGCGCAUUUAAAAAAAAAAUAACUUGUACGGCAAGUUGAUUGUUAAUGAUGGGUGAUGAGUGAUUGAUUAUUGAUCAUUCUUCAUCAUUGUGUUCGUUACAGCCUCCAGGCCAAGAUGACAUGAUCAACUCCAUGUCUAAGAUACUUGGCCAUGCAAAGGGCUGGCUAUAUCCAGACAGAGACCAUCCUGGAAGGAGUCCAUCAGAAUUUGGCAGGAAGCUCGGGGAAGAGUCCACUCUUUGGUAAGUCCAAUGGCUGUUCAAGAAUAACCCACUUGCUGUUCUAAAUAGGAGGUUUGGGUAUGCCGAAAUUAAGUUUUAUUGUGUGAAAUUUCGAAAUGUUGUAUGGUUUAAAUGGCCAGGAUUUAUACUCUUUUAGUUUUUCAUCUAGUUAAAUUCGUUCUUUCCACUAUUGAGAGAAUCAUCUUUUCACCCGUGUGUUUACAACAGCUCCAUAUCAGAAUAGGGCACUCCUCUACAAAAAGGAACGAAUGGCGCGAACACCAGAUCGAAUUGCGCAUUAGAUAAACCCUCAGUAUCGGAUGAGUUAGUUGUCAUGGACCAAAUCCACAACCAAAACAUUACAUUAGAAUACAUUUUACUCAAUCACACAGUGUUUUGGUCAACCCUUUUUAUAGAUUUUUAUUUAAUUUAAUCAAUUAUACACAUGACAAUACAUCAUAAUCAAGCGCAUUUAAAAAAAAAAUAACUUGUACGGCAAGUUUGAUUGAUUAAUUGAUUGGGUGAUUGAGUGAUUGAUUUAUUGAUUCAUUCAUUCAUUCAUUGUUUGCGUGUACAGCCUCCAGAGCCAAGAUGACCAUGAUCAACUCCAUGUCUAAGAUACGUGGCCAGGAAAAGGGUCUGGGCUAUAUCCAGACAGAGACCAUCCUGGGAGAGUCCAUGCAGAAGUUUGGCAGGGAGCUCGGGGAAGAGUCCAACUUUGGUAAGUCACAAUGGCUGUGUCAGAAUACCCGUACUUGCGUUCUAAAUAGGAGGCUUAUGGGUAUGCCGAAAUAUAACGUUUUAUUGCAUGUGAAAUUUCGAAAAUGUUGUAUGGUUUAAAUGCCAGGAUUUUAUACUCUUUUAGUCUUUUCAUCUAGUAGAAUUCGCUGCACACUAUUGAAGAGAAUCAUCUUUUCACCCGUGUGUUUGACAACAGCUCAUAAUCAGAAUAGGGCACUCGCUCUACAAAAAUGAACGAAUGGCAGCGAACAAGAUCGAAUGCGCAUUAGAUAACUCCUCAGUAUGGAUGAGUAGUAUGUUGAUAUUUGUUGCUUACUACAUACCUUUUUACUAAACAGUACAUUCUAAAUAGUAGUAGUACUAUUAGCACCCAGUAUGUAGUUUUAGUAAGUAGUAGGCAAGACAGAUUUCGAUCACAGCCAUUGUCUAUUUAUAAUGGUGCUGGUCGCUAGCCUGCCCCCAGAUUUUUUUGUGCUGUCUUGCCAGCUCUUAUGACCAAACAGACAUUGGACCGAGCUAGCUUAGCACUCAUACACAACAUUGACGAUGUUGUUAUAUUAGGAGUUCAUGUUGUUAUAUUAUGCCCCUGUCUGUUCCAGGCCUGGCUCUGAUCGAUGCUGGGGAGUCCAUGCGUGAGCUGGGGGAGGUGAAGGACGCUCUAGACAUGGAGGUCAAGCAGAACUUCCUGGACCCGCUGCAGACCCUCCACGACAAAGACCUCAAGGAGAUUGCGGUAAGACCGGAUUUAUUCAUUUUAUUUUAUAUUUUAUGUAGCAUUGAGACCCAGACAGGGGUGAAAGUAAGGCGGUCCGGUACGCCUUACCGGCAAAAUAAAUAGUGGGGGUACGGUUUACCGGUAAAAUGUGAGCCUAUCACAAUUAAUACAACAUGCCCAAAAAACUAUAGGCUAUUACACAAUGAUUUAACAUUACUCCAUGUCAGCCACAUGAAACAUUAGUGAAAUGACUGGAAACCAGGUGGUAUAUGCUCCAAAUUGCGUUGUGGUUUGAGGAGAACAUUUACAUUUUGUCAAGGCGGAGAUGAGUGGCCGAGGCGCGUGUGGACAACAGUAGAUGCAUCAAUUCAGGCUACAAGUGUAGGCCUAAUGACAAUCACAGAAUGUAAUUACAAUACGUGUAGGUGUUCUGUAGCAGAUGUCUCGUUCCAUUCAUCAAAUUGCGGAUGCAAAGUGCACUGUUGGGGUUUGGAUGCUGGAAUUAUCUUCUGAGUGGACGAAUGUGCGCGGGUAGCCUACAGGAGCGCCUUUGUUAAGUGGUUGUUUGACAGUCAGAUGAAAACAUCAUGAUUGGUUGUGUUUAUGCCACAAUUAAAAGGCAUAUAGUGAGGGAAACAAGUAUUUGAUCCCCUGCUGAUUUUGUACGUUUGCCCACUGACAAAGAAAUGAUCAGUCUAUAAUUUUAAUGGUAGGUUUAUUUGAACAGUGAGAGACAGAAUAACAACAAAAAAAUCCAGAAAAAUGCAUGUCAAAAAUGUUAUAAAUUGAUUUGCAUUUUAAUGAGGGAAAUAAGUAUUUGACCUCCUCUUAAUCAGAAAGAUUUCUGGCUCCCAGGUGUCUUUUAUACAGGUAACGAGCUGAGAUUAGGAGCACACUCUUAAAGGGAGUGCUCCUAAUCUCAGCUUGUUACCUGUAUAAAAGACACCUGUCCACAGAAGCAAUCAAUCAAUCAGAUUCCAAACUCUCCACCAUGGCCAAGACCAAAAAGCUCUCCAAGGAUGUCAGGGACAAGAUUGUAGACCUACACAAGGCUGGAAUGGGCUACAAGACCAUCGGCAAGCAGCUUGGUGGAAAGGUGACAACAGUUGGUGCGAUUAUUCGCAAAUGGAAGAAACACAAAAUAACUGUCAAUCUCCCUCGGCCUGGGGCUCCAUGCAAGAUCUCACUUCGUGGAGUUGCAAUGAUCAUGAGAACGGUGAGGAAUCAGCCCAGAAUUACACAGGAGGAUCUUGUCAAUGAUCUCAAGGCAGCUGGGACCAUAGUCACCAAGAAAACAAUUGGUAACACACUACGCCGUGAAGGACUGAAAUCCUGCAGUGCCCGCAAGGUCCCCCUGCUCAAGAAAGCACAUAUACAUGUCCGUCUGAAGUUUGCCAAUGAACAUCUGAAUGAUUCAGAGGAGAACUGGGUGAAAGUGGUGUGGUCAGAUGAGACCAAAAUGGAGCUCUUUGGCAUCAACUCAACUCGCCGUGUUUGGAGGAGGAGGAAUGCUGCCCAAGAACACCAUCCCCACCGUCAAACAUGGAGGUGGAAACAUUAUGCUUUGGGGGUGUUUUUCUGCUAAGGGGACAGGACAACUUCACCGCAUCAAAGGGACGAUGGACGGGGCCAUGUACCGUCAAAUCUUGGGUGAGAACCUCCUUCCCUUAGCCAGGGCAUUGAAAAUGGGUCGUGGAUGGGCAUUACAGCAUGACAAUGACCCAAAACACACGGCCAAGGCAACAAAGGAGUGGCUCAAGAAGAAGCACAUUAAGGUCCUGGAGUGGCCUAGCCAGUCUCCAGACCUUAAUCCCAUAGAAAAUCUGUAGAGGGAGCUGAAGGUUCGAGUUGCCAAACGUCAGCCUUGAAACCUUAAUGACUUGGAGAAAAUCUGCAAAGAGGAGUGGAACAAAAUCCCUCCUGAGAUGUGUGCAAACCUGGUGGCCAACUACAAGAAACGUCUGACCUCUGUGAUUGCCAACAAGGGUUUUGCCACCAAGUACUAAGUCAUGUUUUGCAGAGGGGUCAAAUACUUAUUUCCCUCAUUAAAAUGCAAAUCAAUUUAUAACAUUAUUGACAUGCGUUUUUCUGGAUUUUUGUUGUUGUUAUUCUGUCUCUCACUGUUCAAAUAAACCUACCAUUAAAAUUAUAGACUGAUCAUGUCUUUGUCAGUGGGCAAACGUACAAAAUCAGCAGGGGAUCAAAUACUUUUUUCCCUCACUGUAGGUGGUGUGUCCCAUAAGGCGAGGGGAAGCUUUCCCUAAAGUACAUUUUAAGUAGCUAAAUAAAAUCAAAAAGCUGUGGAUUGUUUUAAAAAUCGCAUAGCCCACAGUCGGAAGGGCCCGCAAUUUGGGCAAAUACCAAAUAGAUGAUUGUUGAGUUGCGACUGUCAGUGAAAAGCAGAGAGACCCAGCCAGGUAUACCGCAAUAUUUAAAAAUACAAUCACGGAAAAACUGUUUGGAAAGCAAAUGGCUAUUGCUGUAAAGAGAUGACAAUGAAAAUACAUGAAUCUUUUUUUUUGUUAUCAAAAUUCUUCACUUAAUUGAGCGAACAGUAGCCUAUCAUAUUGCCACUAGCAGAGAACAUUGGCCAUAUCCCCGGUGAGUGUGCAUAUUCACUGUCUUUGUCAUUGGGUCAGUGCCACUAUUGUUUGUUUUUGGACAAUAAUUUCCUCCUCCAGGUUAGAUGGACAUCAUAUUGUAUUUGUGUCUCCCUUUCUCGUAGGCCGAUUAGAUGGAUCAGACAACAUCGUUUUUAUUGAUCUGUUUGUCAGUGUCAGCAGAGUAUAGGCUACCCUGUAAUUUUUGUAGUAUAAAAAAAAAUGUUGUUCACGGGCACUUGGAGUGUCCGUACUGGGUAAGAAAGUUAAAUCUUACUUUCACCCCCCUGACCCAGGUCCCUUUUUUUGAGUGAGUCCUUACUGCUGCUGCAUAUAAAAAAAGGCCUACAUACAAAAUACAAGGAUAACACAGACAGUGUGCUCGCAUGACAUCACAAGACAGACAUAAUAAUACAACAGCAAAACAGACACAACACAAUAACAGCAUAGCAAGCUAGACACAACACAAUCAUAAUAACAACAUAGCAAGACAGACAUCACGAAAACAUGUUGCGGGACCGAUGUACCGUCAUUCUUCUAUGUCGUUAAUUAGACAUAUUGGAAGUCAUUGCAUACAUUACAACAUACAGCUCAAAUCCUAGUCACGUCGAAAGCAGACCAGGAAAACGUUAAUAAAAAAAUGUAACGGUAAUGGCCAAACGUUUGCAUCUUUAUAUGCACAUAAAUAAGUGGAGUAACGAUCACUUCAAUUAGACAUUGACAUCAGGGGGAUAACUCCUAGCGCUCAGUCAAUGUUUACUGCCCUGGAGGGAUAGGUAGCGUAUUUACUCUACUCUCUGGUUGGAGUUGCCCAAUGCAAUUACAUCCGUCUCCCUGCCAGACCACAGAAUCAAUACUCAGCUAAUAAAGUUCAGAUGCUCGGAGAGCUUCAUUUGGACUUUUUUGUCCUAAGGGCAGAGGAAAAAUCAACUCUGGCAUACUAAAAGUUUAUAAUUAACUCUGAAUAAUCAUUGCCUGAAGGUGUCUGAUAAGGCACAACCUUCACUUCUGAUUAUGUUGCUGGCAUAAGCCUGUCGGAUCCUAGGUUGGGGUUUGUUUCAGGACUAGGCCAUGAGUUGACUCACACCCCUGAGCAGAACUGAGUCAAGCUGAGCUGUACCAGCACAGUACGGUUCGGGUUGGCGCGAUAGUGUGAAAAGGGUGUCUAACCAUUUGGAGUGAUCCCUGUCUAACCAUUUGGAGUGAUCCCUAUCUAACCAUUUGGAGUGAUCCCUAUCUAACCAUUUGGAGUGAUCCCUAUCUAACCAUUUGGAGUGAUCCCUAUCUAACCAUUUGGAGUGAUCCCUAUCUAACCAUUUGGAGUGAUCCCUAUCUAACCAUUUGGAGUGAUUCCUAUCAAACAAUUUGGAGUGAUCCCUAUCUAACCAUUUGGAGUGAUCCCUAUCUAACCAUUUGGAGUGAUCCCUAUCUAACCAUUUGGAGUGAUCCCUAUCUAACCAUUUGGAGUGAUCCCUAUCUAACCUGUCACUCUUGACAUCCUUUCUUUCCUUCUUUCUUUCCUUCCUUCCAUCUUUUUCCUUCCUCUCCUCGCAGCAUCACCUGAAGAAACUGGAAGGCCGCCGCCUGGACUUCGACUACAAGAAGAAGCGUCAGGGCAAGGUGACGGACGACGAGAUCAAACAGGCUCUGGAGAAGUUUGACGAUACCAAGGAGAUCGCUGAGCUCAGCAUGUUCAACCUGUUGGAGAGUGAUGUAAGGAAUAUGUUUCUACCGUUCCUCCUCCUUCCCAUGCAGUGUGUUUCUACCGUUCUUCCUACUCUUCCUUCUCACACGGUGUGUGUGUGUGUGUGUGUGUGUGUGUGUGUGUGUGUGUUAUGACCCACCAUUGACACAUGAGCACCAUGUUUUUCCUCCUGUACUGUAGGUUCAGUGUGAAGUGGUGAACUAGUUAGUAAAUGGAAGUAUACUGUCUACCUGUGGGUCAAAGCACUAAAUACCUCUAUUCCUAGUAGUAGCAGUAGUAGUAGUAGUAGUAGCAGUAGUAGUAGUAGUAGUAGUAGUAGUAGUAGUAGUAGUAGUAGUAGUAGCCGGUAGUAGUAGUAGUAGUAGCCGUAGUAGUAGCAGUAGCAGUAGUAGCCGUAGUAGUAGUAGUAGUAGUAGUAGUAGUAGCCGUAGUAGCAGUAGUAGUAGUAGUAGUAGUAGUAGCCGCAGUAGUAGUAGUAGUAGCAGCAAUAGCAGUAGUAGUAGUUGUAUUAGUAGUAGUAGCAGUAGUAACAGUAAUAGCAAUAGUAGUCAUGUCUUUACACUGCGUCUUCUGUCCACCACUGAGCACAUGUACAAGUUUGAUGUUCAAUAGUUGUAUUUUUUCUCAGCGAACUGUCUGUCUAUUAUCUAGUCUCUGUCCUCUUCUCUCCUUCCCUGUCUCUAGUCCAAGUCACUUCCCCCUCUGGCCAGCUGCAACCACGGCAACGGAGGGGGUCGUGAUCCAAAGCUCUUGUCAGUGGAAGACCAUCACAGGCUGACUUUGACUCACUGUCUGCAUGUAACCUUGUAUUGUGUGGACUGGAGGUUCUCAUCAAGGCAGCAUCAGGGAACCUAGAGCCUCAGAAAUCAGAUUAAUAAUACUUCUAUAAAUGGAUAAAUAAUUUGAAUAACAGUUGAGCUCUACGUUCUAUAAUGGCUUUCUCCACCCAUCUAUCGAUCCAUCCAGUCUUUCUUGACCUUGUGUUAUCAUAUCCUAGUAUCUGUAAGUUAGCCAGAAAAGGUGGCUGUGUUCUGUGUUGACCUUGCAGUAUCGUACUGUAGUUUCUGUAUCUUAGCCAGACCAGUGAGUCCGGAUGUAUACUGUGGGACUUCGGCCACGCCGCCCAUAUGUAACAGUCGUCCCGUUGGGCCUUUUGUGUUUGCGUCAGCAGAUUGAACAGGUGAGCCAGCUAGCCGCACUGGUCCAAGCCCAGGUGGAGUACCAUCGGCAGUGUGCCGAGAUCCUCACCCAGCUGCAGUCCAAGAUGGAGGACCGGUCAGUAUUUAUAAUAAUAUAUAUAUCAUUAUAUAUCAUUAUAAUCAGUGUGUCUGUCUCCAUGACCGGUCAGUACCGGAUGGAGGUGCAGAGUAGGGAGUAUUUUUGCGAAAUUACCAAAUUUAACCCAAAGUUCCCAGGUUUUUUAUUUUGAAAUCCUGGCUGGAGAAAAACCUGUGGAUGUUGGGAAAGUUUCUGGAGUUUUCGCAACCCUAGUAGAGAGUAGGGGGACAAUACCAUACCAUGCCAAUCAUCUUCGGAUCAAGAAUUGAAAUGCCAGAUUAUUCCUUUCCUGAAUUCUCUGAAUUCGCCAGAAGUGAGAUGGAAUUGAUCCCAAUAACCCUUGACCCCAACCCUUAAGUAUGCCGUAGAAAUAGAAUGAAUAGAUUCUAUUCAUUCUUUCAAUGAGCGACACAGAGGGGUGGUGGGGAAUUGGGAUCAGUACCCUCUUUACUAUAUGGGCUUGUUUCUGCAAUGUAUUAUCCAUAGGAUAAGGGAUUCCUCCAACAAGCCCAAGAAAGAGUUCAUACCUAAGCCGCGUCAGUCCCUGGACCUCUCUAGUGAGAACCACAAUGGAGCCAUCCAAGGAUCCAGGUCCCCAGGUGAGACUCCACUCCUACCAUUAAACCAGACAUCCCUCUCUCUCUUUCUCUCUCUCUCUCUCUCUCUCUCUCUCUCUCUCUCUGUCUCUCUCUCUCGCUCUCUACAUCACUAAGUGUUAUGAAAUGUAAUGCCAUGUAGUAUUUUAAACUGUAUGUAACUGUCUUAUGUUGCUGGACCCCAGGAAGAGUAGCUGCUGCCUUGGCAGGAACUAAUGGGGAUCCAUAAUAAAUACAAAUACUAUCCAUCCGUCUCUCUCUCUCCCUCUCCCUCCAUCACUAUCAAUUUCUCUCUCUUUUCUUUCUCUUUUCCUUAUGUCUAUUUCUGUCUCUUUGUCUCUCUGUGUGUCGUCCCAUCGUCUAUCAAUCUCUCCAUCUCUCCAUCCAUCCUCCUAUCAGGCAAGUGAAAAUAAAGACCUGUCUACUCUUUCUUCUUUUUGGUUCUGUUUUUCCAUCCAGCAGCAAGGUCUCCAGGUGAGCUAAGUCAUCUGUCCGUUCGCCUGUCCAUCUAUCGCUGUCUGGCUGGCUAAUCACCUUCAUCUUUCCAUCUCUUCAUUUCUCAUUCUCUUCAUCUCUCCAUAGCUUCAUUUCUCCAACACUCCAUUUCUCCAUCCAUCCACUUCCCAAAUGCUAUAAAUCACAUGUAUUUAUUCUACCUCUAUUGCUUGCUUCUUCUUCCUUUUGCUUUUUAAUUCCUCUCCUCUUUGCAGCAAGGUCUCCAGGUAAACCAAGAGCGAAUCCUGGAGAGAUACUAAAAUAUCUCUCUGUCACUCUGUCUAUUUCUGUCACUCUAUCACUGUUUGUCCCUCUGUCUGUCUUUCUGUCUGUCCGUCUCUCCGUCCAUCUGUCUGGUGAUUGUCCAAGCCAUCUCUUCAUUGCCAUAAUCCACCCAUCCAUCCAUCCCUUUAUCCAACUAUAUCAAUUGCAGUUAAACAUAAAUACCUCUAUUCUUCUCUUUCUCCCACAUGUGCUCCCUCUCUCUCUCUCUCUCUCUCUCUCUCUCUCUCUCUCUCUCUCUCUCUCUCUCUCUCUCUUCCUCUUUGCAGCAAGGUCUCCAGGUGAGCCUAGAGUGAAUCCUGGAGAGAUACGAUAGAAUAUCUCUGCUGUAUCACUCUGUCUGUGUGUCUAUAUGAACUGUCUGUGUGUCUAUAUGAACUGUCUGUGUGUCUAUAUGAACUGUCUGUGUGUCUAUAUGAACUGUCUGUUUGUCUAUAUGAACUGUCUGUCUCUACGCUUUUCUUUCUGUCAGUCUCUCCCUCUUUCUUGGACUGUCUUUCUGGCUCCAGUCUGUUUCCUGAUUUCUCUCCGGUCUCUGUCUUUGUUUUUAUUCCAAGUUUAUGUCAUUUUUCCAGUCUUUGUUUCUGUCGGUCUGCCUUUCUGUCGGUCUGCCUUUCUGUCUGCGCGUUUGUCUUUUCGAUAUGUUUAUCAAUCAAUUGACAACACAAACCAACAUUUUGACACCUUUCUCUCCUCUGAUUUCCCUAGUCUCCCUUUGUUUCUGUCUGUCUUUCUGUCUGUUAGUGUUGCACGAUAUACCAAAACUUUGAUACUUUUUUGAUACUAGAACAUGAAAAACGGUUCGGUACUAGAAUUUCUGUUACUUUUGGUACUUUUGUCAAAUGUGUCUCACGGAUCAAGCACGUCUAUCAGCACAGCCGACCCCUUAUUCUAGCGCGCACCGUGCCUGCUCCACUUACUCAUUGCCAGCCUGCACUGGGAGUUUUCAGUUCAUCGUUCGCCGGUAGGGCGUCCUGCAUGCUCAAAUGAACUAAAUGUGUCAAAAGAUUCAACAUUUUGACUGAAUGAGUCGAAAAGAUCAGUCAGUAAAAUGAGCUGAACUUCGCAUCCCUAACGGACUGUGCUCUGAUAUGCUGCCCCUCUCUUUUGCCUCGUGAAUGACAUCAUUACUGGUUAAAGAGAGAGCGCACAUUUUAUAAAAGAAGCUACUUCUAUAGAAAUGUUGUUGAUCAGUACAAUAAAACAAGUCCCAAAUGGAAGGGGAACAUAUUGUUUUUCAGCCAAACAAGCUCAAUAACUCAAUGCAUGCACACACUCCUAUUGAAUAUGCAUUCACCUGUAUUGUGAGUAGGCCUAGGCUAUAUCUUGAUUUACCCAGUUUAUCAAUAGAGAUUUACCAUUUCAAAUAAAUUAUUACCAUUAUGUUAUUAUGUGUAUAUAGAUAGAUUGAUAAAAACAAAGUCAAGUUGAUUGUAUAAUUGAUUCAUUAAUGUAUACAUGGAUGUCUCUGGAAAAGGUUGACUUAAAACAAUUCAAAUGUAAUGAUAUUGAACUCAAAAGAUGCCCAACGAUUGAACAGAGCAGUAGCUGAGUUGAUCAGUCUGGAUCAAGUGUCAUUCUGUGGCUUUGGCUAAUAUGCCUUCUUGUUUUUGCCAUGGUAUCAUUUUGGUAUCGUUUUGGUAUCGAGUAUCGUGAUGGUAUCGAGUAUCAUGAUACAGUACUAAACCUGGUAUCGAAUUCUGGUAUCGUGACAACACUACUGUCUGUUCAAUAUGUCUAUCAAUCGAUCACCGAAAUACACAUUCAUUUUUAUGCCUUUCUCUUUUCUUUGCCUUGUCUCCCCCUCCCUCUCUUGUUCUUCCCUGUCUCCCUCCAUCCCCCCUUUCAGCAAGGUCUCCAGGUAAGCUCUUUACUCCGGAGAUACUCUUACAUCUUUUUUUAACUAUGGGAAUAAUCCUAACUUCUAUUUAAGUCGAAUUUUCACUUAGUUGAAUUAACUUCAUUUUCACUCAUCCAUUGAUGUCAAUUGGAGUCUAAGUGAACAUUUGACCUUGUGGAAGUUAGGAUUCACCACCAUCUUUCUAUCUAUACCAUACACCUCUCCAGCCACACAUUUUAACUCUGCUUUCUCUUCUCUCCAUCUAUCCCUUUCCAUCGGUCCACCGCUCAAUCUCUUUCUCUCUCUCGCUCUGUUCAUCUCUCUCACCCUCUCUCUCCAUCCCUCCCUCUUUCUUUCUCUCUCUCUCACCAUCUCUCCAUCCCUCCCUCUCUCUCUCUCUCUCUCUGCAGCUCCCCUGGACCAGCCAUCCUGUAGGGCGCUGUAUGACUUCGACCCCGAGAACGAGGGCGAGCUGGGUUUCAAGGAGGGGGACAUCAUCACCCUCACCAACAAGAUCGACGACAACUGGUACGAGGGCAUGAUCCACGGCAGCUCUGGAUUCUUCCCCGUCAACUACGUGGAUAUCCUGGUGCCCCUGCCCUAA